UCCACACCUACCGCCAGUCUGGGCGAUUUCUCCGUUUGGACCGGUCAGUCGGCCAGUCCGCUACAUCACACCACCGGUUCACAGCCCAGCCAUGCCGGUGGAGACCAGAUUAUGCCGGCAUCUCUUGCCGUCUCCAACAUUGUCUCCAACGGUUGUCGAGCGGGCAGGCAAGUCGAGGCAGAAGAGGAAUGGCAAAACAGCCCCGACGAGGCAACAGGUCCAAUUGGCUUUUUGACCAGUUCCGGGUCUCCUCCACAAUUCCCUGCAGAUCUUCAAACAUGCCGUAAGUGGCGUCGAGGCUACUCGCAUGCAUGCAUGCAUGCAUACAAGCAGAUAAACGUAAAUAAAUAUGCAUAA